AUGGACGCGAACGCGACGAGGGCAAAGCGAGAGGUUCGCGCGUCCACGCUCGUUCGAUGCGCGUGCCUCGGGACGCUGGCGUGCUUGGUAAUCGCCUACGGAUUCGCCACGACGCAAUCGCGGAUCGCGAGCGACGCGUUUCCGAUCAUAAGCGAGACGUUCAUGGGGACGCCGCAGUCGUACGCGAGCGAGUUUCUGUUGGGAUUCGCCGCGUGGACGUUGAUGCUCUCUGUGUGGGCGUUCAAGGGGUAUCUGGACGCGUACGCGACGUGUGAGGAUAAAUGGUUCACGUGGAGUCGGAAGGGAUUGUGGUUCGGCGUCUCUUCGGCGAUCUUGUUGGGUCUGACGGCGGCUAUAAACUACGAGGAGAGUUUCGGUGCGCACGUCACGGCUGCGUUCGGAUUCUUGUUCGCGAUGUGGAUCUGGACCGCGAUGUGUGUGAGACAGCUCGCGGCACAUCCAGGAAGCGUCAGCGCGAAGAGUCUGCGGGGGAAAUACCUGGCGUGCGGGUUUGGAUUUAUGGGUGUCGUCGGUUUCGCCGCUCUGAGCGCCUUGGUGGGAAAAGAGAACGCGUACUCCCUCGUCGGCGCCAGCGAGUGGCUGGGCGUCCUGUCCAUGAUCUUCGCGUGUUGGACCGUGUCGUGGGAUUUCGAUGACAAGGACGUUCGUUUGACUUUGACGCUCGAUUCCGCGUCCGUCGCUUUACCGAGCGUUCCAAACGACGUCUAG